UGUAAGGACAUCGCCGAUAGGUCGGCGAUUGGGUGCCUUAUAAGGUCAUGUGUGGUGCAGUUCUGACACGUAGUGCUAGAACUGGCGGAUCUUUUGGCAGUUGCCAGAAUGGUCUAUUGUCGGGCGUUGGCACACCACCCAAUCCCAUUACAAUUGUUCUGGCACUACGUGGGUCUUCUGGCUGUAGGAACAGGGGCUGGGUUCGACUCCCGCCUGUUGCCGAGGACUUCUUAGUGUGUAGGCCCACCUCAGAGAGGCAGGGGCUGGCGGUUGGUCAGCGACCGGUCGGGUUAUAGGCCCACGGCGUUUGAUUCAGCUUGGCACACGAGAAGUAGCCUACGUUGGGCUCAGAGGGACUAGGUGCAGGGAGGCAAUGUCUGGCAGCUGUUGCCAGACGCCAGGCUGCCCAGGGCCUUCGGGGUUCGCAUGACCUUGUGCUCCAGCGCACGGAUGCCGGCGCUAGUGUGAGCUCCUCG